AUGACUGGUACCCCAUACACAGUAAAGCAAUACCUCGCAGGCGAUUUUGUCGUCUCAGCAGGCUCGGUCCUAUUCCGAGAUCAUCUCAAAAAUACCCCAUCGAACCUGCAAAUCUGUCUUAUUUAUAAUACCACCACCAAAAGCUAUCAACUUCCAAAGGGGCGAAAGGACAGGGGAGAAAGCAUCGAACAAGCGGCUGUGCGGGAGACGUUUGAAGAGACUGGCUACGAGUGCGAGCUAUGGCCGCAGCGCAUGUUGACGCGAGCCUUGGUGCCGGGUCAGAAUAUUCAUGAUGUGGUGCAGGAGGGUGAUGGGUUGGUUGAGCCUAUUGCCGUUACGGUGAGGGAUUAUGGAGAGGGGACGGGAAAGGGGACGAAGAUUAUUUGGUGGUACAUCACAAAGGUCAUAGAUGAUGGCAUGCAGGUAGAAGGUACCUUGUUGGACUACGAGACGUUUGAGUCGGUUUGGGUGGAUGCAGGGAGUGCAGCUGAGAGGUUGACCCUCGAGAAAGAACGGGAGGUCGUCCAGCAGGCGUUGGAGAUUGUCCUAGCAAAAAACUCACAACCACUUGAAAACUAG